CCCAGGCUAAUUGUUUGACCUUCUGACAAUCCCCCCAUAAUUCUGGAAAAUGAGUGAUAUGAGUGACAGUCGAAAGCAACAUCGCGCUUUGUAUAAGCGUACAAGUAUUUCAAGAGAUCCCGAAGAAGCGCGACGACGUCGAGUGGCCAUUAAUGAAUCACUGCGGAAGAAGCAUCGUGAACAGCUCAUUACUGCCAAACGAUUUCGUCAUUUGACUCGACGGGAAGAGCAAGAAAGUGCGGGAGAAUCCGACGCAGAAGACGACGCUGCUAAUAUUCAUGAUGCUGAUAUCGAUCCUUACUACCGUUUGUCGGCUGCUCAAGUUGAAGAACUUGCGCGCGAUCUUCGAAGUGGGGAAAAAACCGUUCGCCUUGAAGCGCUCGAAUAUCUGGGCAAAUUCUUACUGGAACCAGCUCAAGCGCUGAUUGAUUAUAUCACCCAAGGCGAUUGUAUUGCCACCCUCACGCGAAUGCUAUCCAGCCAUGACCCAGAUGAAAUAAUUCAAAGUGCCAAGGUUAUUUCGAAUAUCGCCGCUGGACCGUACAGUCUGUGGAUUAAAUCUGUGUCCACGGUCCCUUACUUGAUCGGUUUACUCAAUUCUGAUAACGUCACUUUACGAGACAUCGCGGCGGGUGCCAUCGGAAACAUGGCAGCCGAAGAUUUAGGCGACAUGACAACCGAAGAUGACGAAGUACGAGCCACCAUUCGAAAGAAUGGAGCGGUCCUCCCCUUGAUACGCAUGCUUGACACCAAAGAUUCACGCAUGGUCCAAUCGGCUUGUUUUGCGUUAGCCAAUUUGGCGCGAGCUUCUGAAAACGAAUUGCGCGAAUUUCUCGAUGCAGGCAUUUACGAUAAACUUGUGCAACAUCUCACGAAUCACACGGCUGACACGACCACAGAAGUAUGUUGGGUAAUGAGUUAUUUAAGUGCCAACAGCAAGACAUUCCGCAAGGAACUCCUUCAGGACAAGAGUCUGACUCCAUUGGUCAAAUCCUUGAAACAACUAUCGGUGGAUGGAGCCAUUGUGUUACCCGUGUUGCGUACACUAGGCAAUAUCGCAGGGGAUUCCGAUGAUGCCAUCGAUAAACUUUUGAAUCAACCUGGCUUCCUGGCCACUGUGGUCAAACUCACGCAAGGGGAACACAGGGCUGUCAAGAAAGAGGCGCUUUGGGUCUUGUCGAAUAUCACUGCAUCUGAACGCUAUCAAGUCAUUGAGCAAGUGGAAAAUGCGGGUGCUGCACCCUUAUUGAUUAACCUCGUCACGCAUGGUGGCUUCGAUAUCCGUAAAGGGGCCGCUUAUUGUUUGAUGAAUAUGGCUCUGCACGGUGAAAAGUUUCUCUUUUCCAUGCCGCAUGAGCAGGUGUUACCUGGAUUCCUUGCCUUGGUGCGUUCGCAAGAUGCCGAAUUGAUCCGGCUGGGUUUGACUUACGUUGACUUGUUAUUGAAUCGAGUGCCACAAGGAAAAGCGAUCAUGGGCAAUACACCAGACAGCACCGAAGCAUUGGCAGCUGUGGCUCCAGCCCCAGAUCCGGAAUUAUAUGCUCUAGCAAACAAACUUGUCGAUCAGUACUAUGAAGGAGCCCCUGAGGAAGAAAUGGCCGAGUAAAAAUAAAAUUAAAAAAGGUCGAGCUACAUAGGUUUCUACUCUAGUACUUAUUUGUAUGAUAUUCUAGCAAGUAAAAAAAUGAAUUUUGGCUCUUUUUAG